UAUACAGGAGGAGCUAUCAACAACCAGCGAUCGGGUGUUGGUGUACAGAACUACCUCAAUGGAGACGAAUACUUCGGGGAGUGGAAGAACAAUCUCCGACAUGGCGUCGGCACCAUCAUUCUCGCUGAGAAGAGCGAGAGGGGGGAGGGGCAGGACAGGCAGCGGCGGCACAAUGCGAGAUACAAGGGAGAGUGGAGGGAGGGUGAAAUGCAUGGCUUCGCAGGUACGAUGGUUUACCACAACGGCUGCGAGUACGUCGGCGAGUUCGAGAGGAGCAGGCGGUCAGGUUUCGGCUGUUUGACGUCCGUCAACGGCGUGCGGUAUGAGGGCGAGUGGCGCAACGACCUCAAGCAUGGCGCCGGGCUUCUCCUCUUCGGC